UGGAGGAGCAGGGUUUGGAGAAAAUGCUGGGGUUGCCUACGGUCCUGCUUGCGUUCUUAGAAGCCAUCCUGGGGAAGAAAGUGAAGCCCGGCCACUGACAAGCUCGGAAGGUCUGGUGGAAGGAAGCUUGGAGCCUGGGCAUUUCAAUCCUCCACUUACCCGGAGGAAGAUCUGCCUGCAUUGCAAGUGCCCUCAGGGAGAGCACAUGGUGACGGUGAUGCCCCUGGAGAUGGAGAAGACCGUCAGCAAACUCAUGUUUGACUUCCAGAGGAACUCGACCUCAGAUGACGACCCAGGCUGUGCCUUGAAGAGUAUGCCCUGGAGUCCCCCAGGUCUGAAGCCUGAACAGGUUCACCAGUACUAUAGCUGUCUCCCAGAAGAGAAAGUUCCUUAUGUCAACAGUCCUGGUGAGAAGCUGCGAAUCAAGCAGCUAUUACACCAACUGCCACCACAUGACAAUGAGGUUCGAUAUUGUAACUCUCUGGAUGAGGAAGAAAAAAGGGAGUUGAAGCUCUUCAGCAACCAGAGGAAACGUGAGAAUUUGGGUCGAGGAAAUGUCAGGCCCUUCCCAGUCACGAUGACAGGAGCAAUCUGUGAACAGUGUGGAGGCCAGAUUAAUGGUGGCGACAUUGCUGUAUUUGCAUCACGUGCCGGACAUGGUGUUUGCUGGCAUCCACCAUGCUUCAUAUGCACAGUCUGCAAUGAGCUCCUUGUGGAUUUGAUCUACUUUUACCAAGAUGGAAAAAUAUACUGUGGUAGGCACCAUGCUGAGUGCCUGAAGCCUCGCUGUGCAGCCUGUGAUGAGAUCAUCUUUGCAGAUGAAUGCACAGAAGCUGAGGGCCGGCACUGGCACAUGAAACACUUUUGCUGCUUUGAGUGUGAGACGGUGCUAGGUGGCCAGCGUUACAUCAUGAAGGAGGGAAGACCCUACUGCUGCCAUUGUUUUGAGUCCUUAUAUGCAGAAUAUUGUGACACUUGUGCUCAGCACAUAGGAAUUGACCAAGGUCAAAUGACCUAUGAUGGCCAACACUGGCAUGCCACUGAGUCCUGUUUCUGCUGUGCUCACUGCAAAAAGUCCCUUCUGGGGCGGCCUUUCCUCCCUAAGCAGGGCCACAUAUUCUGCUCAAGGGCCUGCAGUGCUGGGGAGGACCCCAAUGGUUCUGAUUCUUCUGAUUCGGCCUUCCAGAAUGCCAGAGCCAAGGAGUCUAGGCGCAGUGCCAAAAUCGGCAAGAACAAGGGCAAGACAGAGGAGCCCAUGCUGAACCAACACAGCCAGCUACAAGUGACCUCCAACCGACUGUCAGCCGAUGUGGACCCCUUGUCGCUGCAAAUGGACCUGCUCAGCUUGUCCAGCCAGACGCCCAGCCUCAACCGAGACCCUAUAUGGAGGAGCCGGGAUGAACCCUACCAUUAUGGGAAUAAGAUGGAGCAAAAUCAGUCCCAGAGUCCUUUGCAGCUCCUUAGCCAGUGCAACAUCAGAACUUCCUACAGCCCAGGAGGUCAGGGAGCUGGAGCUCAGCCUGACAUGUGGGCCAAGCACUUCAGCAACCCCAAAAGGAGCUCUUCACUGGCCAUGAAGGGGCAUGGCGGCAGCUUCAUUAAGGAAUGCCGAGAGGACUAUUACCCUGGCAGGCUGCGUUCCCAGGAGAGCUACAGUGAUAUGUCUAGUCAGAGCUUCAGUGAAACCCGAGGGAGCAUCCAAGUUCCCAAAUAUGAGGAAGAGGAAGAAGAGGAAGGGGGCCUGUCUGCUCAGCAGUGUCGGACCCGUCAUCCUAUCAGUUCCCUGAAAUACACAGAGGAUAUGACGCCCACAGAGCAGACCCCUCGGGGCUCCAUGGAGUCGCUGGCCUUGUCCAAUGCAACAGGCCUCUCAGCGGAUGGUGGUGCCAAACGCCAGGAGCAUUUGUCCCGGUUUUCCAUGCCUGAUCUCAGCAAAGACUCUGGCAUGAAUGUCUCAGAGAAGUUGAGCAACAUGGGCACCCUUAACUCGUCCAUGCAGUUCCGCAGUGCAGAGUCUGUCCGCAGCCUGCUCUCUGCCCAGCAGUACCAGGAGAUGGAGGGCAACCUCCACCAACUGGGCAACCCCAUCGGCUACAGAGACUUGCAGUCCCACGGCAGGAUGCACCAGAGCUUCGAUUUUGAUGGAGGGAUGGCAGGGAGCAAGCUGCCAGGGCAGGAGGGCGUGAGGAUCCAGCCCAUGAGCGAGCGCACCCGCAGAAGAACUACUUCUCGGGAUGACAACCGUCGUUUCAGACCCCACCGGUCCAGGCGUUCCCGACGUUCUCGUUCUGACAAUGCCCUCCACCUAGCCAGCGAGAGGGAGGCCAUCUCCAGGUUGAAAGAGAGACCCCCAAUCAGAACUAGGGAGGACUAUGAUCAAUUCAUGCGCCAGCGAAGCUUCCAGGAGAGCCUAGGCCAGGGGUCCCGGAGAGACCUGUAUGGCCAGUGUCCCAGGACUGUGUCUGACCUGGCCUUGCAGAAUGCCUUUGGGGAACGUUGGGGACCCUACUUCGCCGAGUAUGAUUGGUGUUCCACUUGCUCGUCCUCUUCAGAAUCUGACAACGAGGGUUAUUUUCUAGGAGAACCUAUCCCCCAACCUGCCCGCCUGCGAUAUGUGACCAGUGAUGAGCUGCUCCACAAAUACAGCUCCUAUGGUCUCCCCAAGUCUUCCACUUUAGGGGGCAGGGGACAGUUGCACAGCCGGAAGAGACAGAAGAGCAAAAACUGUAUCAUUUCUUAAUAGGGUCCAGGCCCAGGGCAUGGGGGAAGGUGGGGGGCCUCAGAAUGUACAUUCAGGAACUUGCACUGUUUUCAAUG